AUGCGGAAUACCCUACCCAGAGCCAUCACUUUAGGGCUCUUGUCCACAUGUAUCCUCGUCGGCAACGGGAAUUUGAUUCGGCCAAGGGAGAGCAGCGCUGAUACUGCAUUGCAACCGUCCUAUCCUCCAGAUCUUGCUCCUCGUGCCGGAGGGGGUGGCCGUGGCAAUAGGAAUGGACAUCCGGACGGUGACAAUUCCCACCAAAGUCCCGACGGUGGCGGCGGUGCAGGGGAGCAAACUGGAGACGAAGGCGGAUUCAGCAACACCAACGAGGGUGAGACUGAAGGCGGCUUUACGAACACCUGCGACAAGAAGAGAAGCUGGCCCGGGACGUUGUUCUGGCGUCGUUCUGGUUGCGCGAACAAUCCGCCUACAGGGGAACCGGCCGGAGCACCGGAGCAAGGUACACCGGAGCCCGGCGAUUGGGACAACCUAGAAAUUCCAGAAAAGUUUCAAGCCCCGGGAAGAGAAAUUAUCAGAGCGUUAGACAAUGUCAGAACGCAGCCGCCUGCUCCCAAAGAUUUGCCGAGCCCGGCGACGAUUGAGUCAAGAUACAACAUUAUCCGUCAACCAGGAACGAAGGGUGGCAACGUCCCAAUUUUAAGAAUGGCGAACAACUUCGCAGACUCCAGCGAUUGGUACAGCAUCGACGUCUACAACAAGCUGGACGUCGUGGAUAGAUACUACAAUAUGAAGGUGGAAGAAGUGAAUCAGAAUCCUAACAUGCGAGCCGACAACAGAGAAUCUGCGGUCGACUUAUUCGAUGACCUGCGCCGUGAACUUAUAAGAACCCCUAUGUUGACCACAUACUCAAGCAUCAAUAAGAAGUCGAUAGUGUUGAACUGGAGUUACAACAAGAAAUAUGAUCUCUACCGUAACUACGAAAACGACCCAGAAGGGUACUGGGAAUUGGAGAGGAUGGGACUUGAACCUCAAAAUUCGGUCAAAUUCACGGACCAGGUCAUGUAUGGUUGGAAAAAGGCCAGUGAAGAGGCUGGGAAAGAUCCAAAGGACGUCGACUUGGAAAAUGUCGUCCGACAAGCCAUUGAUAACAAGGAAACGGAGCAAGUUAUUACAGCAGCUUUGCAAAGAUCUGGCAAGUCCCUCAGGGAUGAGAAUGAUCUCGCUGAAUUUCAGAAAGGCGAAGAAGGCUUCGAGGCAAUUAUGGGCACGGUACAUGGAAAACGUGUAGCUCAAAUGCUUCUAGAUUACCACGAGGAGAUCGGACCUAGGACUAUUUCCAAAGUUACAGUUAUUCAACCAGAUACAAACUUCGACAUGGUCAUUAGCAUUGAGAGACAAGUUUUCGCCAAUUAUGGACCAGUUUGA